GUAGCCCAGCAGUCAGGCCUAGCAAUGGGGAAGGCGGCUUCUAGUACUUGUACGGUCAACCCCAAAAGGCCUUUCCUGCGGGUUCAGGCAUAGAGAAGACGAAGAAGAAGCAGGGUUGCGUGUUUCGUCAUGCCUUGGAAGAAAGUCUCCUUUAGCUAUCAACGUAAAGGGAAGCGGAAGGGCAUGGCUACUCUGAAGAAGGAAAUGCCCAUAGAAAAGACGUCUAUCAUGGCUACUGAAGCAGCAAGGCUGCACAUAGAAAAGAUUAGGACCCAGAAGUUCUCAAUCGGUGCUAAAAGCCCUAAUCCUUUAACUGAAGAUCUCCACCAUGCUGUCACAAGCCUCUCCGCGGAGCUUUACGCCAAAGAUGUUCAUUUUCUCAUGGAGCUCAUUCAGAAUGCCGAAGACAACGAAUAUAAACAAGGGGUUGAACCAACUUUGGAGUUUGUGUUCACUACCAAAGACAUAACAGGAAGUGGUGCGCCUGCAACGCUGCUAGUGUUCAACAAUGAAGUUGGGUUUUCGGAGAAGAACAUGGAAUCCAUCUGCAGUGUUGGCAGAUCCACCAAGAAAGGGAAGAGACACCUUGGGUUUAUUGGAGAGAAAGGCAUUGGAUUUAAGAGUGUGUUUCUUGUGACUAUACAACCUCACAUCUUUAGUAAUGGAUAUCAUGUGAGAUUUAGCGAAGAUCCCGACCAAGAUUGCGGAAUUGGUUAUAUAGUUCCUGAAUGGGUUGGUGGGAAACCUUAUCUUUCAACUAUUUGUGAUAUAUAUGGGUCCGACAAGGUCUUGCCAACGACCAUAAUUCUCCUCCCUCUGAAACCCGAGAAGGUGGAAGCUGUGAAAGCACAACUGUCAGAGUUGCACCCAGAGCUUCUCCUCUUCCUAUCCAAGAUAAAGCGGUUAUCAGUAUGUGGAAAUACUUGCAAUUCUAAAGAAGAUGUCAACGUAUCUGAUAUUUUCAUAUCCACUGAGACUGAUCAUGUGGCUUUGAGUGACAAAAGUGCAGAUUCACGUGUACUUCAUCUUUCAGUUAAAGAGGAUGGGGCUGAGGAGACAUGCCGAUAUUAUAUAUGGAGAGAAACAUUUCCUGUGAAGCCUGCUAAUGAGUUUAGUGCGAGGAACGAUGUAAAGAAAUGUGUUAUUUCUAUUGCUUUUCCAUUUGGGGAGAGAUUGAAAAGGGGAACUUCUGCUGUUGGUAUCUUUGCCUUCCUUCCCACCGCAAUGAUCACAAAUUUCCCAUUUGUUAUUCAGGCAGAUUUUGUUCUGGCCUCCUCGCGCGAAACAAUACUCUUGGACAACAAGUGGAACCUGGGGAUUCUUGAAUGUAUCCCUUCUGCAUUUUUUCAUGCUUUUAUUUCUUGUGUGAAAAAAGAUGCCACUACUAUUUGUUCAGUGGCGCAGGCAUUUGAAUUUUUGCCUGCUCGGUCUUCUACAAUUCUUGAGCUGAACAACAUAAGAAAGUUGAUAAAAAAUAUGCUGCAAGGGGAAGCCUUUAUACCUUGUGAAAUGUUUGACAAUCGAAAGCAUUUCUGCACCCCUCAACGUGCAAUUAGGAUUCUCCCUAAAUUUCGUGAAAUCCUUUUCCAAAUGAAGGAACAGGGGGUCCCUUUGGGCGGUAUGUUCUCUUUGAAAGAAAAUGUUAUACAUUCUUCUAUUGAUCUCAUAGAAUUUACAGGCAUUCUGGACUACCUUGGAGUGCCAUCGGUUGAUAAUAGUUAUCAAUGGUAUGGUAAAUGCAUUGAGUUCUGUAACCUUGUUUUGUCAGCUUCAGAGGAUGCAUACAUGGAAUUACUUUGUUUUCUUGCUGAUAAUGAGAAGAUAUCUUCCUUGAAGGACUUUAAGAAGAUGCUUCUUUUCAAAUGCGUCAACAGGAAGGGGCAUGUGAGAUUGUGUUCUAUAGCAACAAGAGGGAUGUUUAGGAUUUAUUAUUCUCAGGAGCCUAAACUUCACGCUUGGCUAACUGAAUGCAAUAUCGAGUUUGAAUGCCCUGAUGACAUGUGUUUCUUGCCCAGCCCUACAUUGGAAGCUCUUAUAAGCCAUAAGAGAAGUUCAUUAAUUAUGUGUUGGCUUAAAUAUAACACAGGUUUAAGCCCUUUUUCGGCGGUUUCUUAUUGUGCUCAGAUAUCUGAUCAUCUAAUGAAGACAGAUGAACCUAGAUUUGUGAUUAAACUUGCCCAUUUUCUUUAUCACGCGCAUUGCAAAAAGUUCAUAAUGGAGUCAAUGCUUUAUGGUUUAUGUACAAGAAUGCCUGUCAUUGAUGGAUCCAAUUGCAUCAGAAGGCAAAAGAACGUGACUCUUGUCUCUGCACCAGGGAGCAAAUGGAAGAAAUUGUUUGGACCAAGUAAUCCAUUCUCAGAAAAUAAUUAUGUUGAUAUAGGGAAGGUGUAUGCUGAAGGUGGUCAGUUUGCUGGAGAAUGUACUCCCAAGGGAGUGAUCCUUAGCUUUCUUAGCACAUAUACUAGAGCUGUGGACAUACCAGAAUUACACCCUCCAAAUGUUGUGUUGAAAGUGGCAUCAUCAAAAUUGACAAGUGAACAAGGGUUUUUACUACUUGACUGGAUCCGGUUUCUGAGAACCAAGGGUUCAUAUAUACCAGCAAAGUUUAUUGAAAGCAUUCGAGAUGGAAGGUGGAUGAAAACAUACUUGGGAUUUAAUUCGCCAAAUCGAUGCAUUCUUCCUGAUGAAGCCGGAAAAACUAUUUUUGGGAUGAUGAGGACUGUUGUUGAGAGAUUUUCUAUUCUAGACCAGGACUUCUAUAUGAACCGGAUUACCCUGUAUGCAGAUGAGCUGAAAUUUCUUGGUGUGAGAUUUGGGUCGGAUGGUGUGCAAAAACUUCUUGUUGAUCGCUUUAAGUCCCUUGCUGCUUCUGGAAUGAGUAAAGAGUGUGCAUUUUCCUUGCUGAUGUUUAUCGGUAUCUUAAAGGGAAAAAAUAUGCUGGAUGAGGCAUGGCUGGGAGUAAUGAGGGAGGGCAAAUGGCUGAAAACUUUCAAUGGCUAUAAUGCUCCAAGGGGAUCUGUUUUCCUGCAAUCUGAAAUAGAGGCUAAUGCUAUUUUGACUAUUACAAGCCUCCCCCUUGUUGAUACUGGGUUUUAUGGUAGUAAUCUUAGUUCUUUCUCAUCUGAACUAACGUUACUUGGAGUUGUGUUGGAUAUGAAGGUUUAUGAAUUGGUUGAGGAGAGUUUGAACUUUCCUGCUGACUUGUCAUCCCUGACUUGGGACAGUGGUUUCUUGAUACUUAAAUGCAUCAGAUACUUGGGGUCUGCUACAAGUUCCUUGGUUGAAAAGACCAGGAAUCAACGAUGGUUAAAAACCAGUUGUGGAUUCAAACGUCCCUUGGAAUCUGUUCUUGUUAACCCAGAAUUCAUGCGUUUGUUGGAUGCUUUUGAGGUUCCCAUAAUCGAUGAAGCCUUUUAUGGAAAUACAAUCAGGUCUUUCGCAGCCGAAUUGAAGGCAAUUGGGGUGGCUGUUGAUCUUAACAGUGCAUUAAAGCUGAUAGUCACUCAAUUUAAGUCAUUCUUAUCUUCUUCCAGCCUGACUCCUGUCAAAGUGAUUUCACUACUAGAAUGCAUCAGAGAAAUAAAUGAAAAUGUGUCUUCACAGUUGCAGGAACUCCAUCAAUGCUUGUUGGGGGAGAAGUGGUUAAGGACUCGUAAUGGUUACAGGACCCCCAGUGAAUCAAUACUAUUCAGCUCUAAAUGGGGAACCAUAUCUUUAUUUGUUGAUCUGCCUCUCAUUGAUGAUUCCUUUUAUGGUAUUGUCAUAUAUGGCUUUGAGGAUGAGCUAAAGAUGCUGGGGGUCAUAACUGGAUUUGAAGGAGGAGCUCCAUUUGUAGCCAGAGGUCUAACCCGGCCAAUUGAACCUCGAUUUGUGACUGACUUGGGUACAAUUGCAUUGCUAGAAUGUAUCAAGUAUCUAAUGUCAAAGUCUAAUGAUCAGCCCUUACUUGAUAAUUUUUUUAGCAAUUUAAUGAGAAGCAAGUGGUUGAAAACUAGGAAAGGUUACAAAAAACCUGAGGAAUGUAUCCUGUUUGAUCCAACCUGGGAAGUUAUUCUGGAGGAGACUGAUGCCCCAAUGAUUGAGCAUACAUUUUACAAAUCUGAAAUAUUUAUGUACAAGAAUCAGUUGAGGGCCAUUGGAGUUAAGGUGGAUCCUGGGGAUGUAUGCUCUCUUCUGUCAAGGUAUCUUAUGUCACUUACAGAGACUUCUUCAAUUACAAGGGUAUACAAUUUCCUCCACAUGUUCAAUUGGAAGCCAGAAUUGCCUGAUAAAGACUAUCAGGUAUGGGUUAUUAACCACAAUGGUAACAGUGGAGGAGAAUGGGUGAAUUCUCAGCUUUGCAUACUUCAUGACAAGGACAAUGUAUUUAAUUCCCACUUGUAUGCACUUGACAAGUGUUACCAGAAGGAACUGUUGCCCUUUUUCUCUUCAGCAUUUGCAGUUGCUGAAUUUCCUUCGAUUGACGAUUACAUGUGGCUCUGGGACAGCUUGGUCAUGAGAGUUAAUAGUCAAGUGACUGCCAAAGAAUGCUGCUCUUUUUGGGACUACAUUUUGAAGAACUGGAGUCCGCACACAGAGGAUUUCCUGAAGAAGAGGUUAACCAAAGUGCCCGCCACCACAUCUACAAGUGAGAGAAUCCAUCUAGUGAGCAAGGAACUGGUGUUUAUCCCUGAUGACUUGCAAUUGAAACAUUUUUUUUCUAGUAUAGAUGGAAUUCCACUCUUUGUAUGGUUGCCCAAGUGCAAGAGCUUUUCUACUGUUCAUCCAAUGAGAUUGUUUGAGAUUUAUGAGUCUCUUGGAGUAAGAAAGAUAUCUGGUUCUGUUGAGUGCCAUGCGAGUAUUUCACAUUCUUUGGAUCAAUAUAAGAUGGAUCCGAGAAAUGGAUUGAUAGGAAGAGGUCUCGUCAGAAUUGUAUUGGGGUUUAUUGCUGGUCCUAGGGUGAGCAUGCCAGUGGAAGAGAGACAUAAAGUUGCAAAACUACUGCUUGACCUCUCAGUAUUUGAAAGCCGUGAACCAAUUCUAGUCAGUUAUCAAUUGCUAUUGACUGCAGACAAAACAUUGGAAGUAGAAGCAGGGAAGCUGGUUUUUUGGGACAAGAAUUCUUGUAGGCUGCUGAUUGAUAAAUCAGGUUAUGAAGACCGAAAAUCGAAUAUUAAAUUUGUGAGUUGUUUUGCACGUGAAAUUGCUGAAGGACUAUUGGCAUGUGAAAAAGCUGAUGCAAUCGAAAACCUGAGUAAGAUAAUCCAAAUAGGUUUUAUGUUUGAGUUUAAGGAGGAAUCCAUGGUUACCUUGCUUACAAGUGAGAAUUUGGAGCUGUUUGCGGAGGAUGAGAAGUUCCUUGAUGCUGCAUGCCUCUUGUCAAAACAGUCUCCAGUGAUAAGAUCUCUUCCCGUCAUGCCUCCAAUAGAUGACAACUCACAACUGUUGACGCAACCAAACCUCAAGGAGAGCCGUUGGAGAAAAGUUCCAAACUAUCCAGAUCCUCCGAAGUUCAGUUCUUCUUCUCUUUAUCCAAAGCGCAGGUCUCAACAGCUGGAGUUAUUAAGCCCACCUACGCCAGAAUCUUCCCAGAAGAAGCCCCGACAAUGAUGGAGUUCCUUCCAGUUUUUGUUGUCUACUAGCCGUAGCUAUUGAUGGUUUUUUGUGCACAUCAAGAUUAUGUCCAAAAUAAGCUCUUCGGGUGAUGGGUGAUGGAAAAAAUGGAAAUGUUAGAGCGGAAAUGGUGGAUAAAAGGAGAAGAUUGAAAUCCAUGAAAGUGAAGAACUAUGGAGAGUUCAGACCGUUUGAAUCUUCAUCACUAUAUUUGCAUUUCCAUCCUUUUGUAUCUUCACAGGCUAUUUUGUGAACCUUCAAGGUCGUGGUUUUAAAGGGGAUAUGGUUACUGUGCAAAAAUGUGAAAUGGGUGUUUCGGGGUAGGAUUACAAAUUUGGGUGGAUGUUUAUUUUUUUGAGUGGUUAAUGAAAAUGUGGUGAAUAUUUGUAUUUAAA